ACAAUAUUGAUCGCUUGGAGAUCUUCGAAAACAUAUCAAGAAACAUAUCCCCUUCUUUACUCUUUUGGUUGAUGAAUUGCUCGCUUUGUCAUGUCCGCCUUUGUUAAGAAUAAACUCAAGGCGGCGAGGGACGCCAUUGGCAAGAAGGACUAUAUCACAGCUCGUGAUGCUGCUCUCAAUGUCUUGGAGUAUGAGUCCGAGAACUAUAAUGCGAAUGUCUUCUUAGGUGUUGCAUACCUUGAACUUGGCGAGAUAGAUAACAGCGAGCAAGCGUAUCGUAACGCUAUAGGAUCGAAUCCUGACCAAAUAUUGGCAUGGCAGGGCCUAACAAAACUGUACGAGAAAUCCGAGAAAUGGGACAAAUAUGCGGACACUCUGCAACGUCUGACUGAUUUGUUUGCGAAGACGAACGAUGCAGUAAAAUGUGCCGAAACACUUCAGAAGUUCAUUGAGUUGCGCCGGUCUCAAGGCUCACCAAAACAAACCCAACAGUUGGCGGAUGCGCUUUGCCUUUUACUACCUGACUCCAAGUUCUACUCUGUCCUCUCUACACUUCCCCCACCUGAUCCGAGCAACCCCACUGCAAGCACGGUUUUCUUCACGCAAAGUGCGUUUCAGAACUCGUUGCCUGUCCUGGAAGAGAUCGUUGCCAUCAUCGAGAAGGACGAAGAAGACACUAUCAAAAAUGAAAUAGCGAGACGAAGGACGAGGCUGGGCGCAUCGGGACCGGAACAGCUGAAGAGGGAGGUGGGAAGAGAAGUUUGGGGCUCCUCGAAGCUACCCACAUUGUACAACGAGAUCAUGAACCAUCCUCACACUUCUGAUGACCUUCGACGCGCUACAGAGUCCAAACUCUUACACCUCAAACAACAAUUGCUCUAUGCGCUUCCAACAACCGGUAAAUUGGCUACCCAGAAGGCACGUCUAAGGGAGGAAGUAAAUGAACUGGUGAACGGCAUGGUGCUAAUUGGAAUUCCGAAUGAACUUGCAUGGAAUAUUUAUAUCGAAGGCAGAGAUGCAGAGACGAUAGAGGAAUAUGAUAUUGGCAUCCUGCGCAAGUAUAUGAAGUUUUUUCCUACGCUGCCUCUGAGCAAACUGCUAUAUGGAUACUUUGGCUACUGGGACAUUCCGCUCUCCGAGGAAGAUGAUCCCAAUGGGGACAAGAAUCAGGAGAAUGAAGAGGAGGAUUACAUGGGUGUUAUCCUCGAUGCGUUCGACGACCUCUCCCAUUCUAUCCUCGCUCACCGGAUCGUGGCUGAGGUAUAUGAGAACACAGUAGACCUUGAGAAUGCUAUCAAGGUAGCCGAGAGCGGCCUUGAGCUUGUCCUGAGACACGAGAAAGACGUUGGUUCCGGACUUCCACAUGUCGCCAGGGCUUUCAACGUCAUCUUGGGGACGUCGCUCGUCAAUCUCUACCCACCGAAGUAUCAUACUCGCGCCCUUAGGAUAAUCGACGAAGUUUUAAUCCAGGAUUCCGAUAAUAUUCCUUGCCUUAUGGGUCGUGCAUACGUGCUGCAGUUCGCUGGGAAAUGGGAUGAGGCAGCGUCGCUGUUCGCGAAGGUCGUGGAGCUUGAGCCUGAAGAUCUCCAUGACGGGUUGCGAGCAAAGGAAGAAUUCGCAUGGUGCAAAUCGCAAGCUGGUGACCCUGACGGUGGCGCAAAGGCUCUUAAGGAAGUUCUGGAUACCUUGGAUACGCUAGAAGGCAGAGAAACGGACCAGGCAAGAUGUUGGUGGAGGCUUGGUAAAUGCUAUUGGGAUAUGGGUGAACGGACGCGUGAAGAGGCUUAUCAACACUUUAUCACUGCUCUGAAGCGUUGCCCUACGUUCGCCCCAGCAUUCACUUCUCUCGGCAUAUACUACGCCGAGGUCGCCUCUCCACCAGACCCGAAACGUGCUGCAAAAUGUUUCCAAAAAGCGUUUGAGCUCGAUCCAAGAGAAGGGGAAGCUGCGCGACGUCUGGCUGAAGGAUUCGCCGAGGAUCGAGAAUGGGAUCUAGUGGAGGUCGUCGCCCGGCGGACAAUUGAUGGUGAAGGUGGCUUGGAAGGCGGAGUGGAAGCUGGCCCUCCGGCACGAUAUCUGCCCUUAAACGCCUGGGCAUGGAAGGCUAUCGGCGUGGUCGAUCUGAAUCGUCAGCAAUAUUCGACUGCUAUUCAGGCGUUCCAAAUAGCCCUGCGAACGGACGUCGAUGACCAGCUUUCUUGGCUCCGUCUCGGAGAAGCGUACAGCAAAGCGGGACGUUAUGCCGCCGCCGUCAAAGCAUUAAAUAGAGCACAAGAGCUUAACCCGGAUGACUGGAUUGCUGCGUAUUUCACCGGCGAAGUCCAACGUCAGAUGGGGCAUUAUCAGGAGGCUAUCAAUGCGUUUGAAGAGAUUCUCAAAAAGCAUCCGUCAGAGUUGGGAGUCCUGAUGUCACUGGCUCAGACCCACCUUGAGCUUGGUCGAAGCGAAUAUGCCUCUGCGUUUACUGCUAGAGCCGAAGCGUCAUAUUUAUCAAGUAUUCAGGUCGUGCUGCGGCUGAUAGAAGCAAGCCCAGGAUUCCGUCGCCUUGCUUGGAAAUUGGCUGCCGAUUCGCUCUAUUCUUUGUCACAGAUGCUCAGCUUCUCUCACGAUGAGGCUGUCGUGGAUACUGUGGGUCGCGUUGGCGGCAUCCUGGCUGGGCAUUAUCAAAAUCGCCUGGAAGGAAUCAUCGACCUUCCGCCCAUUCUUGAUACAGAGUCGCAUCCAAAGUUAUCUCUAGCUAUCCUCGAGGUUGCCGUUGCUUCGUAUGAUUAUCGUAUCACACUUGGAUCAGUGGACGACGCCGCAAGUGCAAGUACACAUUUCGAUCUUGCUACUGCAUUUUCUUUGUUUGCUCGCAGAAUAUCUCCUGGACCUAAGCAAGACCGUGUAAGAGAGGAAGCAAUCACGUCAUACAAAGAGGCUCUCUCCUUGGAUCCUUCCAGUGAUGACUACUGGCAUGCACUCGCGAACGCUCUUUUCGUGAGCCAACCUAGAACAGCUCAGCAUGCAUACGUUAGAGCGCUAGAGAUUGAUUCCAAGAAAGCAACCAGUUGGACUAAUUUGGGUUUAUUCUACCUCUACCAUGAAGAUCCACAACUUGCGAAUGAAGCAUUCUACAAGGCUCAAAUUCUGGAUCCGGACUUCGCACUGGCUUGGGUAGGGCAAGGUCUUGUUGCAACUGCUAAUGGACAUGACCGAGAAGCAAUAGCACUAUUCGAGCAUGCCACAAGUCUGAUAUCCCCUGUACCUGAAGCGGAUGUGGAAUUUGCGAAACGCCUCUUCAACAAACUUGGAUCUUCAGGUUCACGUAACUCACCAGAUGCGAUGCAUCCUGCCUUCUUCGUGCUCGACCGUUAUUGCAAACAGCAUCCACAAGACUCCAAUGCGAUGCAUCUCUUUGGUCUUGUCUGCGAAUCCAUAGGACACACUGAACUUGGGGCAGACUUGAUACAAAGAGCAAUAACGAUUCUAGAGGCAGCAUAUGAAGAGUCUGAAGAUCCUGCUAUUGAACGACAAUUCACAAUAGCUCAUACUAAUAUCGGUCGACUACGCCUCGCGCUGGAGGAACAUGACGGGGCACUUGAGGCAUUCGAAGUCGCACUGGGUCUUCUUCCUGAAGAGUCUGAUGACCCAACGACAAGCGUGCUACUUGCUCAGUCGCAUUUCGGCUCAGGAUUGGCGCAUUUCAAGCUUGGCCAACUUGAAGAUGCGCUGACCUCCUUCCAGUCAGCUCUGGAGUAUGCAUCAAAUAAUGACACAGUGAGAGGACAUGUAGUCGUCCUUCUAGCUCAGACAUUGUGGGCGUUAGGAUCUGAGGAAGGGAGGGAGUCGGCGAAAGCUCAACUACUACAAAGCACCACCUCGGAUCCUGAGAACCUCAUUGCCAUAAACACUCUCGCUGGCAUGGGCAUUCUUACAGAGGAUGACGGGCUUGUCGAUGCCGCGCUUUCUGAAAUCUUGGCUCUCCCACCACACAGUCGACUUGAGCGCGACCCUGAUGGGAACGUUGCGUACCUACUGAUGCAGCAUCACCUUGGCCAGGGCGACAUUAAGCAAGCGCUGUCUGUUACACAGGCAGCUGUUGCAGCUCAACCUUGGAACCCGAAGGCUAGGCAACGAUUAGGAUCGUUGUUACUACGUUCGGCCGAUGCUAAAUCUGCUCAGGCGAUCUUGGGGAGUUUGUCAACUGUAGAAGAGCAUGAUCUUUAUCAAGCGCGAGACUCCCUCGCGCUUCAAGCUAUCGCGGACAGCGAAGAUCCCGAGAGUUGUGACAGGGCCGAAAGAUUGGCUAAGAAAGCUGUCAUGCUUACCCCUGGACGAGACUUCAACUGGCAGUCAUUGGCAGUCGUACGCAGUCGCGUCGUUCCUACGUGAUCCACGCUGGUAUAUGGUGCAAAUGCCUGGCGUCUUCAAGUAUGCAUGGACGCAGCAAGGUGACCGUACUGAUUCCCGACAUUGGACACUACCGAAUUACCUGUAUAUUCUGAAUGGGGAUAGUACCUACUGUAAUUGUAUGUGACCUUCCUACGCUACGAUGAUGCAGACAUCUUUAAGGAAAUACUGUUGUAGCAUUAAACAUGUAAUGCCAGUCGCAUCAAAGCAUUACUGCAACUUGUAUGAUACGUGAUCUAAGGGGUGGGAUGGGAAGGAAGGAAGCUCAAAACUUCCCGAUGACCGCUCUCGCCAAUAACACAAUCCGCUCUCGAACGGCAUCUGCGUCAGCAGGAGCGGAAGCGUUGCUACGCUUGACCUGAUCGAGCCACCAGCUCAAUCGAGAUUGCAGUUGUUUAGUCGAAUAACCUUCCGUGAGC